AUGUGUCGUACAUAUAGAUUACAAAUAUGUAUCCUGGUGUUAUUCAGUUCUGUGUCUGCUAAACAGAUGACGGAUAUUGAAGCUCUUGCAUCAACGCCAACUAGAUGUACCUAUGAAUAUGCGUAUGAUAUGUACGGGGCACACUGCGGUGGUCUCAGACUAAAUAAGAUACCAAGUCUUAGAGCUGGAAUAGAGAUCCUUGACUUCAGUGACAACAAACUACAAGAAAUACACGAUGACACAUUAUCUUCGUAUACCAGCAUAAAAUUCCUAUAUCUGUCUGAAAACCAAAUAUACUCUAUCGACGAGAAUGCAUUCUACUACCUAACUAAUCUCCAAACUCUAGAUCUGUCUAAGAACGUUAUUCUGACCCUGCCAGAGUCAAUUUUCCACUUGCCAACUUUGCGUAAUCUGUAUUUACACGGAAACCCUCUGCUGCAUAUUCGUUUAAGCAACCUUCAAUUGACUAAGCCUCUAAAAGCCCCGUUAGAACUUUUGGACUUAUCAGAGUGUAAGUUAAAAGCUCUACCAGACUGGGGUAUUUUGCCUCAACUACUUCUUUAUAAUAUCUCACACAAUCCUUUGACUUCUCUUGAGGCCCAGCACUUUAGUUCUAUGUGCAAGUUAUCCAAAGUGGAUCUGACAGAAUCUAUUGACAGUCUACAGCUAUGUGACAUGAGAUCUACAAUAUCGUGGUUCCAGCUCAAGAACAUUUACUUUCAAUUAGCAGAUUACACCAGGCUUAAUUCUCGAGAGUUCGAGCACUGUACAAAAGAAGAACUGCCUGAUAAUCUCAACAAAACAUAUCAUCAAUGCCAAAAUCAAUACACACAGGCUCAGAUAAUAAAGUCUUCACGUCGUACAUGGCUCACCAUUGGUGGUGGUUUGGCCGGAUUCCUCGUAGGAUUCGUCUUAUUCCUUUACGUCAUGCACAGACAUAACGUGGCACAAACGAAAAAGCUCGAUAAGGAGACUAAGAAAAUCCCUCCAGAUGGCGACAAACAAGCAUCUACCGUCCUUUUAAAUGAUGUAGCAUAA